ACAGGAAAUGCAAUUGCGUUCUGGGAAGUUAAACACAAACUGAAAUUUCGACAAAAGUUGACAAUUCACGAAAUAACAAUACAAAGGCCAAUAUGAUUCUUUUAAAAUAAUGGUCUAAGUCCUCAGGCAACCAGCCAUACCAAUUUUCAAUCUGCACCGUUUGUUAUUCUCUGUUUUAGCCUGUAGUCCAGACUAAAGGACAGACAACGUUACUGUUUUCGAUUUCUGGAAGUGAAGUCGAAGAAAAGAAAAAAAAACACGAUGAGUCGGAACCAAGCGAAAAAGGAUACCAAGAUGAGGAUCAGGGCGUUUCCUAUGACUAUGGAUGAAAAGUAUGUUGACAACAUUUGGGCUCUGCUGAAAAAUGCCAUACAGGAAAUCCAGAAGAAAAACAACAGUGGGCUAAGCUUUGAAGAGCUCUACAGAAAUGCCUACACAAUGGUCCUACACAAACAUGGCGAGAAAUUGUACUCCGGAUUGCAGGAAGUGGUCACAGAACAUUUGGUAAAAAAGGUACAAGUUGAUGUGCUGAGCUCUUUGAACAACAACUUUCUGCUGACCCUUAACAGUGCCUGGAGUGACCAUCAGACCUCCAUGGUCAUGAUAAGAGACAUACUCAUGUAUAUGGAUAGAGUGUAUGUACAACAGAACAAUGUAGACAAUGUAUACAACCUGGGCCUGAAGAUAUUCCGGGAUGAAGUGGUACGACACCAGUCGAUAAACGAACAUCUCCGCCACACGCUGCUUGAUAUGGUCGCCAAGGAACGACGUGGGGAAGUUGUAGACAGAGGGGCUGUGAAGAAUGCAUGUCAGAUGCUGAUGAUACUAGGUAUAGAGACAAGACAGGUGUAUAUUGAAGAUUUUGAAAAGCCCUUCCUACUGGAGUCCAGGGAAUUCUAUAUGGCUGAAAGCCAGAAAUUCCUGGCGGAAAACAGUGCGUCUAUGUACAUCAAGAAGGUUGAAGCACGGAUUAAUGAGGAGGCUGAGCGCGCCACCCACUACCUGGACAAGUCCACCGAGGAGCCGAUAGUGCGUGUCCUUGAGGAGGAACUCAUCUCCAAACACAUGAAGACCAUCGUAGAGAUGGAGAACUCUGGAGUUGUGCAUAUGCUCAAGAACAACAAGACAGAUGAUCUUGGCUGCAUGUACAAACUGCUUGUGCGUGUCCCCAACGGCCUAAAAACGAUGUGUGGAUGUAUCAGUGGCUACCUCCGGGAGCAGGGCAAGGCUCUUGUGUCCGAGGAGGGGGAAGAUGGCAAGAACGCCAUCACAUAUGUAAAGAAUUUACUGGACUUAAAGGACAGAUUUGACCACUUUCUACACGAAUCCUUCAGUAAUGACAAUUUGUUUAAGAAAAUGGUUUCAAGUGACUUUGAAUAUUUCAUUAAUUUGAAUCCCAAAUCCCCGGAAUACUUGUCCUUGUUUAUUGACGACAAGCUGAAAAAGGGAGUAAAAGGGAUGUCGGAGCAGGAGAUUGAGAUAGUGCUGGACAAGAGCAUGGUUCUGUUCCGCUUCCUGCAGGAGAAGGACGUGUUUGAGCGUUACUACAAGCAGCAUCUCGCUAGACGACUCCUCCUCAACAAGAGUGUGUCGGACGACUCUGAGAAAAACAUGAUCUCCAAACUCAAGACGGAAUGUGGGUGCCAGUUUACGUCAAAGCUGGAGGGCAUGUUCAAGGAUAUGACUGUGUCCAACAGUUACAUGGAUGAGUUUAAGACAUUCAUCACCCAGGCAAAUGUAAAUUUACAGGGCGUGGACUUAACAGUGAGAGUAUUGACCACUGGCUACUGGCCCACACAGUCAGCUACUCCCAAGUGUAACAUACCCAAUUCUCCCAGGCUAGCCUUUGAACAGUUCCGCAGGUUUUACUUGGCCAAGCACAGUGGACGUCAGCUCACGCUUCAGCCUCAGCUCGGCUCUGCCGACCUUAAUGCCACGUUUUACGGAGUUAAGAAAGAGGACGCGAGUGAAAAUGCAGGGGCAAGCUCGUCAAAGGGGCCACGUAAACACAUCAUACAGGUCUCCACUUAUCAGAUGUGCAUUCUUAUGCAGUUCAAUAAUAGGGAGAAAUGGACUUAUGAGGAGAUUCGCAGCGAGACUGACAUCCCUGAGAAGGACCUUCUACGAGCCAUGCAGUCCCUAGCCGUCGGGAAGAUAGCGCAGCGAAUCCUCCACAAGGAACCCAAGACCAAGGAAAUAGAACCAAGCCAUGUUUUCACAGUCAACGAUCAGUUUACAUCCAAAUUGUUCCGAGUAAAAAUACAAACAGUGGCGGCCAGUAAGGGCGAGGCGGAACCAGAGAGGCGAGAGACAAGAACCAAGGUGGACGAGGACCGGAAACAUGAGAUCGAGGCUGCCCUUGUGCGGAUCAUGAAAUCACGAAAGUCACUGCUGCAUAAUCAGCUAGUAACAGAGUGUACAGAGCAGCUGAAGAGCCGGUUCCUCCCAAGUCCGGUGGUGAUCAAGAAGAGAAUAGAAGGGCUUAUAGAGCGAGAGUAUCUAGCAAGAACACCUGAGGAUAGGAAAAAGUACACAUAUGUAGCAUAAGUGUGAUUGUGGCAUAAACUUGUUAUAAACUUGAGACUGGGCUGUGUUAGAAUCUAUCUCAUUUGAGACUGUAGCAGCCAGCAUAAUUGCCUGGCCAGGUUGAUGUGAUAAUACGCCUGUACACCCCGCAUCAAGAUACACACAGACGGACGGAUGGACACAUUCUCACGCCAUUAGUUGACAGAUGGAUAUAUAGGUUUUCCAUGAGUUGCCAUUAAAUACAACCAUUUAUGAAACAAGUUUAAAAGAAGCUAUAAGGCAAGCCUAUAUGGCAAGUUUAAUAGCGUUUUCAUUUAAGAGUUUAUAACAUUUUGUAUAAAAUGGCAACAAAUGUAAGACUCUUAUCACACGACACAUUUGUCGACAAAAAUGAAGAUUAUUUUCAUUUUUCGGUUAAUGGUAUGACACCAAAUUAAUGGGGUGAAAUGACGUCAAUUAAAGUUGUAUUACAAUUAUUGUAAUACAAGAAGUUUUAUUACAUUUGAAAGUCAUGUGUAAAACCUGUGUGUGCUUCUAGAUGAAGGAUUCUGCAUGCUACGAAUGUGGUCAGAUGUUUGAAAUAGCAGGCAAAUUAUUUGUUUGUACUUAAGUGUGGCUAUACUGCCUAUGGUACAAUUUAAUGUGAUGGGUGUGUGUAAAUAAUGGGUCUUGUACAUGUUUGUGUAAUAUUAGUACUUGUUACUCUUUCACAACUUCGAGAGAGAUGGUUAAAUAUGCCUUGUACUAACUAAUAAAAUGGCUUGUGUUGUCAUGGGAGACAAACUCAUAUAAACAGAAUUGAAAAAGCCACUAUCAUUUAUUUUUUGUUGUUUUAUGCCAAAUAUGAAGACAUAUUUGGCAUAUUUUUUGUUACUCAUUUAUAAAUAUGAUUUUUCAGCAAUGACUGAACUGCAUUCUGUAUUUCAUUUUCAGUUAGCGAUUAAAAAUAAAAAAUAGUUACAAUUCUAAAUUAUUUUUAAUGUUUGACGAUUUAGAGGUAUUGAGUGAAUAUGUGAUGCAAGUAUUUAAAGUUUUGAUUUUUGUCAAAUAUUAAUGCAGUUUUUGUGAAGUCUUAAAAUUAUAGACAUUGGGCCAAUUGUAUAGAACUUUGUUAAAGUUAACAACAACAUCGUUAACAUCAUCAUUGUUAACUUUCAAAACUGUUCUGCUCUUGAAUUUCAAUGGAUGCAAUUGUGAUAUGCUGCAUUUCUCAGAUUAAGAUUUCAGGCAACUGUUUCAGCUGUACUUGUUCAUAUUUAAAUAUUUGAGCACAUUAUCAAAUAUUUCACUUUUAAAAGUGAACAACAAUAUUGUUAUUCACGUUGUUAACUUAAACAAAGUUCUGAACCAUUGACCCAUAGUGUAGUAGAAACUGCCUAAGGCACUUUUCCAUUUCGAGGGUUUUAUACAAAUGCGCCUUAUCUGUCAGCUGCGUCAUGAUCAGAGAAAAUUAUCAUGAAUUUGAAUGCAACUGCUUUAUCAUUUCAUGAGAAUGUUUUGUCAUCCAGUUUUGCAUCCAAAUUUCAAGAGUAACCAAGUUUUACUGUUGAUGGUAUGCAGGUUUUCCCAGUAUGAUUAAUAUCGUUGCCUUAGAAAUAUAGAUUGUAAUCAGUUUUUGACAAAUCGAUUUGAGGCAGAUUUCAAAAAGGUCUUGAAAUUUAUACUGGAAAAUGAAUUAAGAUUUUACAUCUUGUUUCUGACCAUCUUUCCCCCGAUGGAUUAAUUUUCCCACUGUAUUAUCCACAGUAAAAACUGGUAAUAUGUCCUGAUAUGUCAUUUUCAUAGUAAUGCAAUGAUAGUGAAAUUUCAUUCAUCAAUACAGAAAUGAGUUUAGUUGCCAUUCUAUUUUUAUUUCUCUGAAAACUGUACAGUUAUUUAAUUUAUGUUGAAAAAUGUGGGGGGAGGGGAAUUUUAAACAAAAGUAAGUACAACUCUUAAUAUGUGUACACUUUAAAAUGAUAAAUAUUUUUUAAAGCUGCACUCUCACUGAUCGAGAGUUUUGAUUUAUUUUUGUCUUUAAGUGAGCUAUUUUGUUGUGUUAAUGUCUUGAAACCAGUGAUAUAAGAUGGCUGACUAAAGGUUUAGUCUGUCAUGGUUUUAGGCUUUCUCUACAAAUCUAAUUUCCACAUCUAUACAUGUAGCUUGUUUAAUAUCAAAAUCUAUUGCCUUUAAAAAUAGCAUUGAAGUCUCUUUUGAGAACUAAUUCAAGAUAUUCAAAUGAAUUUAGAUGUAUUUUUUUUCUCACAAAUUUUGAAAACAUUUAAUGUUUAUGUUAAAUGGAUGAGAAUUUUGGGAGUCCCUUUUAUAGUUAUUUUUUCCUUCUUUUGAUUUUUUUUUUAAAGUUAAAUCAAACGAUGUGAAUUCAGUUUUUCACAUUCACAAUAAGGAGUUUCUUUCCGCAGCACUUUUGUUUCUGUUACUCCCAUGUGAAUCAUUCAUUUAGUGUACAAAAAAAUCUCAAUGCAUGAGAUUGAGAGGCAGUUCUUUCGUCUUGUUUUUGGUGAUUUUAAUGACAGUAUUUUUUCAGUAUUUUCAUUAUUUAAACAACUAGAUGAGCUUACAUGUACAAUAUAUUUGUUUAUUGAUUGGUCAAUAUUUUUCCAAUGAUAACUAUUGACCAAUCAAAUGCUUUAAAUGUGCAAACUAAUGGAAAGAUAGCCAGUGGAGAACUUAUCUUAGUGUUAUACAAAUGUCUGCAGGCCAAUUUGAACAGUACUGCAACAUAUACAAAAAGUUCUUAUUGUAAUUAAAAUAUAAGCAGGGAAAAUAUGAUGUGACCUUUUUUGUGCUGAACAUCUGUGACAUGAUGAAAAUAUUGAUUAGACAUGUUUCAGUUUCCGCUUGUCACAGUUCUAACAUAAAUUUUCCAUUGCUCUGUUACUUAAGGUCUUACUAUGAUAGUUAAAUUGAUUUUAAGGUCUUACUAUGAUAGUUAAAUUGAUUUUUGGAAAGGACUUUUGAUUGUUACUGCCAUUGAAAUUGCCCGAGAUUUUCAUUUUAGUUGGGAAAUGUCCCAUAGUCAAAGUUAUUAAUGAUCUUGUCUUGUUGGAAGCUUUUGUCAAGACAAACUUCAAAUUCAUCUUUAAAUAAUGGUACACUUUCAAAACAUAUGUAUUGAAAAAAUGAUGUAUAUACUUGGUUACUCUACAAAUGUUUUUUUAAUGAAACAUUAAUGCCUUGGCUGUGGGACAUUUCUUUCAAACAAUUUUGCUGAUGUUAUGUAAAUUUCUAUCAUUUUUGUGUUACUGGAUAAAUUCAUUGCAAUUCUAUUUAAAUCUAAAAACUGUCA